UGUCUUACCAUACUUGUCUUUAGUGUCUUAUUAACUACUACACUUACUGGUGAGCUUUACUGCAAGGAACCGAAACUUACUUACUUACUUAUAAAAUGUCUGCUCCAAACCCAAAGGCCUUUCCAUUGGCUGAUUCCAACUUAUCUCAACAAAUUUUAGAUGUUGUUCAACAAGCUCAAAAUUUAAGACAAUUAAAGAAAGGUGCUAAUGAAGCUACUAAAACUUUAAAUAGAGGUAUUUCUGAAUUCAUUAUUAUGGCUGCUGAUACUGAACCUAUUGAAAUCUUAUUACAUUUACCUUUAUUAUGUGAAGAUAAAAAUGUUCCAUAUGUUUUUGUUCCAUCAAAAGCUGCUUUAGGUAGAGCUUGUGGUGUAUCACGUCCAGUAAUUGCUGCUUCAGUUACUUCAAAUGAUGCUUCUUCUAUUAAGAACCAAAUCUACAGCAUCAAGGAUAAGAUUGAAACCUUAUUAAUUUAAUCUAGAUAAACCAACAUAUAUUUUGGAUUUUAUUAUGGGUUGUUACAGGAAAUAGUAGAUAGUCAUAAAAUGUACAAUAUUGCUAUAGAUUACUCCCCUAAUUGUAGAACUAAUCUGUAAAUCGUAGAUCUUAGAUACUCACAAGAU